AAGUGGCCAAGGUUGAGAAACACUGCUUUAGGCUGAGUUUUUCUUUCAGUAACUAUCCUCUCUAUUUCCCUCCAGAUCCAGCUGUGCUUUGACAGAAACUGAAUUGCAACGGUGUUUCCUGCUCCCAUUUCAGGGAACUGGUUAAUUAUGGCGCCUCAGGAAAAGCCCAAAGACGUGUUCCACUGCGUGGGAAUCAUUUUUUUCCUCCUGGGCUUAGGAACGCUUCUCCCGUGGAACUUCUUCAUCACGGCCAUCCCGUAUUUCGAGGCCAGGCUCACGGUGGGGAACUGCUCGGCCAGACCGGAGGCAGCUGAGAAUCAGACAGCCUUGGACCGCCAACCGGUCUCCGCCUGCAGAGAUGAUUUCAGCUUCAGCAACUGGCUGACUCUGCUUUCUCAGUUGCCUUUGCUACUCUUCACCUUUCUCAACUCCCUCCUCUACCAAUGCAUUUCGGACAAAGUGCGCGUUCUGGGCAGCCUGGCGGCCAUCCUGUUUCUCUUCGUGCUGACGGCCAUCGUGGUCAAGGUGGUCAUGUCACCCCAGAGUUUCUUCUCCAUCACCAUGGCGAGCGUCUGGUUCAUUAACUCCUUCUGUGCCAUCCUGCAAGGAAGCCUCUUCGGCCAGCUGGGGUCCUUUCCGCAAAGAUACAGCACCCUAUUUCUCAGCGGCCAAGGGAUGGCAGGGACGUUCGCGGCGGUCGCUAUGCUGCUGUCUUUGGCCAGUGGCUUGGAUGCCCAGACGUCUGCGCUGAUCUAUUUCGUCACCCCCUGCGUUGGGACCUUCCUUUCUAUCGCCUGUUAUCUCUUGCUGCCCCACCAGACCUUUGCCCGGUAUUUUCUGGACAAGAGACCCCAAGAGGAUUUAGGAUGUGAACUGGAGACCAAGACAGGCCUUCUUUCUCCAGAGGAUGGUUCCACUCUUGUGGCAGACGGUUCCAAGGGAGAACCGCUCAGCUUGAGCAAUGGGAACGCCGUGGUCCUGGAGCAGGAUGGCUUGACUCACCUGCCAGAAAUGAUGAACGGAAGGAGCGGGGUGGGCCUGGCCCCACCCAACCCCUCACUCUUGAGUGUGCUCAGGAAGAUUUGGCUGCCGGCCCUCUCUAUCGUUAUGGAUUUCUCCAUUACCCUGUCGGUGUUUCCAGCCAUCACCACAAGAAUUGUCAGCUCCUCUGAGAACCUGUCUUGGCAGAAUUUCUUCACUCCCGUUUGCUGUUUCCUUACCUUCAACAUCAUGGACUGGUUGGGACGGAGCUCGACUUCGUAUUUCCUCUGGCCGCAGAAACAUCUUAGACUCCUCCCCGCAGUGGUGGGACUCCGUGUCCUCCUCAUUCCCAUGUUCCUCCUGUGCAACAUCCCGGGACAGACUUACUUGCCUGUGCUUUUCCUUCACGAUGCCUGGUUUGUCUUCCUGAUGGUGCUCUUUUCUUUCUCCAAUGGCUACUUCGUCUCUGCCACCAUGUGCCUGGCCCCCAAGCAAGUCCAGCCCCAUGAGAGCGAGUUAGCUGGGGCCAUCAUGACGUUCUUCCUGGCGCUGGGACUCUCUUGUGGGGCAGCCCUCUCCUUCCUCCUCAAGGUCCUCCUUUGAGGGCCUCCACGCUGCAACUACUGCGCUCUGCAACGAUUUUGCCUCUGUGUCUCCCGAAGGCUUAAGGGGUGGCUGGUGGCCGUGCCCCCUCGCACGAUUUUCAUUCAAGCGCCCUCCGUGCGACAGCUAAGAAACCUUCGCAAUGAGGGAGGACAGGACUUAUUUGGCCAUAUCCCUUCCCCCAAAGUUUCCCCCCGCUUUUUUUGUACGCCACGGAUGCACACCUUCAACUUCGCCCCAUCUUUUUCUGUAGACGUCCGAAUGUAUUUGGGAGGAAAGAUUCUGGAUUUUGCAAGCAGGGAAGUGACAGUCCUGCAAACGGUUAUGCAAACUUUUAAGGGCGUCAAGGAAUGGCCUUUUCCUGCCAGCAGACGGGAGCUUCCCUCGUGAUGGAAAGCUGCGAUUUUUCUCUGCUCUGUUUUCGACUUCAGGACCUAUUAUCUUGCGAUGCACAACGCCUCAGCUUGGUUGAAUGCACUGCUGGAGGGGAUACAGAAGGGGAAAAAACCCCUUUUAGUCUUUAGUCCUUUAGUCUCAAGGCAAUCCAGUCUCUGGUUCCUCCCUCACUUUGGCCCUUCGGUCUCUCUUGGGUGGAUUGCCAAACCUACAGGGCUAGUAACUUGGAUGA